GUAUUUAUUGUCGUCUAACAUGAUAUUGAUGUAAAGUAAGGUAAAUAUCAUCACCAGUAACGAAGUAACUUUUAAAUUUAUCCCGGUGUCAUCUUUAUGAACUAUGAGCUCAAAUAUAUCAAAUGCAACCACCUAUUAUCAGUAGAAUCAACGCUCUAUAUUCUACUUUCAUACGGAUUAACGUUAUAUCCAUUCUUUCCUGGAUUUCCAUUUAAAUCAUACUAAUGCUGCGCACCUCAGAUAUAGUGUGGCAACAACCUCGUAAACCGAGUGGCUGACGUCGACGCUGACGCUCUAUUUUGUCUAGAUUCCGAUUCUGGCUCCUUGUUGCUAGUGUGCCUACUUCGCCAUGUCGACACCCAAUGGGCGACAGCCAAACACCAGCCCGUCUCCGUCAGGCUCGCAACCGGUGUUGCCAAAUGGUGGGAAACUUGUCACUGGUUCGUUGGGAUCACUUUCUGGCUUGCGGGGUCAGCAACAUCCGCUGAUGGGACGUGCGGGGGGUAUGUAUUCUAGUGAGAAGCCUGUACCCGUAGAUAGUACUAUGAGAGCCACAGCGUACAGCAGUCGCAUGCCCACGUCCUCGGCCAAUGGGGUGCCAGGCACGAAGGUGGGGUCGAGCGCUAUAACACCUGUGAAUGCGGGUGCCAAUAGUAGGGGCACUGACAUUUCAAGUUCCAGAGGUGCGAUAGCUUCACAGCCACUUAGAGGACGGAACGUUGUCACUCUGAAGGAGUCGGCAAAGAAACCGACAGUAUUCAAGGAUAGUGGCUCUAGUCGGGCUUUGAGUGGGUUGCAUAGUAGUGACGCGGGGAGCGCGCGCGGGGCCCGGCGGGAUAUACAGGACGGAUCGGAACAUGAGAGGAAUAGAGGUACGACGGAUAGAGAUCAGGAGAAAGAUAAGAGUAGAGGCAGAAGCGAUAGGGAUCGCGAGUUUGAGAGGCACGGGCGUGUGGGCAGGGAUACCAGCCGGGACAGACAUACCCACAGAGAUGCAUCACUGCGAGCCGGUGGGAGCGGGAGUGGGAGUGUCAGAGGGGCGGAUGCGGGUAUAGGGAAGCGCCUGUAUUCUCCACACGCGAGUCCUAAACGCAGCGGCACACCUAUAUCAUCGCAGCACUCUCAAUCGCACACCCAACAUACUCAGCCUAUGCUAUCAACGGCAGCUGCGCCCCUGGAUGCCCCCUCACUGGUGCAGGGCAAAGGUGGAACUGCGCAGAAUUACCGGGUUGCAGGUAGACCAUGGGCGAACGACUCCACGGGGGUGGGUGGAGCUUACACCUUGUCCUCAAGCUCGCAGCAGUCGCAGGUCUCUGGUAUCUUGCCCAACUAUACGCAGAUGCGAGCACAGGCAUUUGCACGCGGCGUCGCCCCAAAUGCCCAACAGGCUCUCCAGGCAGACGUUCAGUACCAAUCGACCAAUAGAAUGGGAACCGCAGCUCUGACACGUGGCUCAGCCAAGGAGCGACCGGGAAACUCGUCUGGGAGCAGCUCUACCCCAAUGAUAUUGCAGCGAAAACCGCAACCGCAACCGCAACAGCAACCGCAGUUGAAUGCGGGAGAUAGUGGGAGACGAGACAGGGGUGCCGACGGGUCUAGGAUGCCUACAGUACAUGCACAGCAGUCGAUGCGCCACAGCUCUGCGUCUGCGGCUGACCCCUACGCUCAGCGUAGCAGACUUGGCACUGGUUUGGGUGCUAGCACGGCUUCGAAAGCGGACGGUAGAACUCACCAGCACGCAGCAACCCAGCCGCCGCCGCCAGUGAGUGCACAGCUACAGGCUCCACGCGUGUCGCAGACCAGACGUGUGUGUUCCGAGCCAUUAAGGUUGGUGUCCAAGCGCUUCACCUUCGUGGGAGCGGCGGCUAAGAAAGUGCUUGUGGACGCGGGCGACGACUGCCUGGUUGUGGGCGUGAUGGGCACUGAGGGGAGCGACAAGGCUGCGGUGAUGGAGAGUUUGAUCGAGUAUCAUACUGGUAUAGACCCGCGCGCAAGUGCUGAUAGGAAUGAUGUGGGUCGAGACAAAGGUGUCGAGCGAGGCAGUAUGCGUGGCACUGACGAGGGUAUCACGCUGAGGAUUGCCCCACGGGCGUUGUUCCUGGAUGCUGCCCCGGUGUCUGUGGACGUUUUGGACCGGGCUAAGGAUCUGGUAGCUCAUCUGGGUAGGGGUGAUACUAUCUCUGGCCAGUAUAUGGGUGGUAGGAAGGACUCUCAAGUUGGCUCUGCCUAUGGAGACUCGGAUAGCUCUCUACAGAAAACAGCCAGGAAGUCUACGAGCGAGAGCGCCUCUAUGGCGGGGGUCUUGCGGACAGAAGAUUCGCUGGUGGUGCGCAAGGUGGCCUUGUUGCUGAGUGUGUGUCAUGUGGUGGUGUUUGUACAGCCCCACCCCACAAGCAGCAUGAGUCUAGGGUUUGGCAGUGAUUUGUCUUCAGGCCGUACCCCUGGAAGUGUGAAUAGUUUCUGCUGGGGCGGUGUAUUGCAACGGAGUGCGGCAUUGCUGGCGCCGCUGCACAAGCAUGAGCUCGCAUCGGUGUAUGGCAAACUUACGGGCACGCCAGCUGAAGACCCUCAAGGCAGUACCGGUAUACAGACAGGCGGCCAAUGCGGGACCAGUGCUCGUGGUGAAUUAGUGCCAACCCAAAACCGCUACAGAAACCCUAAGGCGCGAGUGAGUGACACGGAGAGUAUGUCAGUGAUGUCAGAUGUGUAUGCUACUCUGUUCGACGACUUCGAUCCCACAUCGGCGUCAUUGCACCCAUCGCUCUUGUUUGCUUACACCAACACACCCGUUUGGGCAUUUGAUGCUCUGCCGAAAGCUGAGGUAUUUGCGAGCUUAAAAUCUGGACUUAUAGGCACGCGGUGGGCGUACAAAGGGGCGGGUGCUGCCUGUUAUAGGAAGCACCUGCACACGUGUGUAUGUCCAGUCAUAAGCGAUAACACAGGCGGGUUAGUGUCUGACGAGCGAUGUGGUACGAGCGAUGAAGAGAUGCAAGAUACGUUAGCCGCCAGCGACGGCCCUGUCGAGGCAAAGUCGCCUAGCGCUAAUUCGACACAUCGGGGAAUAACGCCGGUCCAGAGCACCCACCGGUUUGUGUGUUGUGGAAGUGAGCGAGGCGCACACUGCUGUCAUUCAAUGUUCAUGGCUCCAGUUACGGGUACCAAAGCCAACCUAGGGCCGAACCGUACCGAGAACGACACCGGUGCCACUGCUUGGACCUCGUGGGUGAAGCGCAACUCCUCCUGGAACUCUUAUUCCGACGCUGCGACCUAUGCUUUCGGGCGCAAAUCGGCAGACUCCGUCAACGAACAACUGGUGCAAACCGUACUAUCGACGCCACGCUAUGCCUACCCAGAGCGCACAGACUGCGUCACCUGGCUUCAGCGGACCGAGCACUUGGUGUCUUUCCUUUCCGCUCUUGAUGCGCACACCGCGGAGGCUGACGCUAUCGCCCGCUCCACGCCCGCUGCUACAACUACCGCAACCGGUAGUACCAAGAACGAGACACGCUCACAACGAACCACGGCUGAGCACCCGAACACCACUGCGCAUGAGGCGAAGAUUGGUGGAGAUGGACAUGCAAGUCCUGGGUCGGACGAUAGCGCCAUAAAGAAAUCGUUGCACGUAUUUCCUAAACCUCCUAGGCGUACGGUUAGCAGUAAGCACUCUACUGGAACCAGUGAGAGUCGUACUGGACCUGCAGCAGUGCGUGCGAACAACAGCCCCGGUUCAGCUAAGGUGCAUGAGAGUGAAUCUUCUCGUCGCUCGAAGGCCUCAGGGACGACAAGCACAGGUGCGAUGGAAACGAACAAGAGUGCGAGUAGCAAGAGCAAUGGGGGCAGGGGUAAUGCGAAAGCGGCUGCUAGUGUGGAUGCAGGUCUGGAUGAGGAGGCUAUGAUCCGGUCUAAGCCGCUUAGCAAACCCGAUCAGAAGCCAUGUGCCGACAAUGAGGGGUCGACAAAUGGUACCGGCACGGGAAAUGCCCGUUAUGAAAGGACUACAGGCGGUAUUUUCAAAAUUAUGUCGUCGUCAAACGCCAGAGGGAACGUCUUCAAGCCAGUUACUUCUAAAUCGAAGGUGCAGGACACUGUGGACAAUACUGACCAGAGUCGACCGGGUAAGGUUGGGGCUUCAAAUGAGGGUGGUAACCAUGAAUAUGGGGACUCGACUAUCGCGAAGAAGACUCGGAGAAGGCGCAAGAAGGUCUCUAGAUGAACGAAUUGUAGUUAAAGGGGUGUAUUUGCAUUCGCUUAAAGUAUUAGCUUGUUCUAUUAGGCGGGAUCCAUGCAUUGAGAUCAUGACUGUAGGUGCUAUAGCCGGAUCCCCGUGUAUCCGACCAUGCAUGUCUGUGAGAUUCAGCCGGCGAGGAAAGUUCUGUACUGCUUCACUGAGGGCGGGGUCAACCGUACAUGUACACAGGUGAAUCCCUCUGUCGCAUCAGUGCUCUAUUCUCUUUUUCGAGAACUAAGGCGUGUUUGUGGGUGUCCCUAUAUCGAAACUAAUUCUGGCGCUCCACUCAUGGUGCCAGCCCACCUGCACACGUACAACUACUCUGAACAGAUAAGAAUGUAGUCGUCCGCGGUUGCGCUACUAGACACAUGCGCAAUGGAGAAGAAAUUUAAUCUCCCAGAGUGAAGUGCGGAUGAAAAUUCAUUCAAUUAGCUUUUACUCUUGGAAAAAAAUAUUCUCCCCGAAGGACCCGGAAUAAACGAUGGUGGUGGUCUCCGAGAGUGGCACUCGAG